CGGGCGUGGUGUGUGAGGCACGGUAACAUAUGGGCGGGGUGGGCGUGCGGGCGGCGGAGUUGUAGUGUGUGUAGUCACGUCUGCAUUUCGAAUUUGCUUCCCUUUGGCGCCACGUGAGUGUGAUCAUCGACCCACAACAAAGGGAACCAGAGAUUGUAGCUGGAGAUAUCAACAACAAAAUGGAGAAGAUCUGCGACAAAGAGAAGAGAGUGGAAAGGAUGCCAGUCGAUGAGAUGACAUCCAAAGAUUACUACUUUGACUCAUACGCCCACUUUGGAAUCCAUGAGGAAAUGUUGAAGGAUGAAGUCCGUACCUUGACGUAUCGCAAUGCCAUGUACCACAACAGGCAUUUGUUUAAGGGCAAGACUGUGCUGGAUGUUGGGUGUGGCACGGGGAUCCUCUCCAUGUUUGCUGCAAAGGCUGGUGCUGCUCGUGUGAUUGGCAUUGAAAUGUCAAACAUUGUGGAGCAUGCAAAGAAAAUCAUCACUGCCAACAAUUUAGAUAAGGUUGUUGAGAUCAUUCAGGGCAAAGUAGAGGAGGUCACUUUGCCUGUGGAGAAGGUAGACAUCAUCAUCAGUGAAUGGAUGGGUUACUGUCUCUUCUACGAGUCCAUGUUGGAGACUGUAUUGUAUGCCCGAGAUAAGUGGCUUGCUCCUGAGGGCAUGCUGUUCCCAGAUAGGGCUACUCUCUUUGUGGCUGGCAUUGAGGAUCGCCAGUACAAGGAUGACAAAAUCAACUGGUGGGACAGCGUCUACGGGUUUGACAUGUCAUGUAUCAGGGAAGUGGCCAUGACAGAGCCUCUGGUGGAUGUGGUGGAGGCCAAGCAGGUGGUGACUAACUCUUGCUUAGUUAAAGAAGUUGACUUGUAUACUGUCAAGAAAGAAGACCUUGCCUUCAGUGCUCCGUUCCACCUACAGGUGCUGAGGAAUGACUAUGUCCAUGCUCUUAUCACAUACUUCAACAUAGAAUUCACAAAGUGUCACAAGAGAACUGGCUUUUCAACUGCUCCUGAGGCAAGGUAUACUCACUGGAAGCAGACGGUAUUUUACUUUGAUGAUUACCUGACUGUCAAACACGGGGAAGAAAUCUUUGGCACAUUCAUCAUGAAGCCCAACGAACGUAACAACCGCGAUCUAGAUUUCCACAUUGAUAUGGAGUUCCACGGGGAGUUAUCAGAUUGUCAGGAAUCUCAUAAAUACAAGAUGCGUUAAUUUUUAAGAUGUGAAUCCUGUAACGUCCAUCAGUAAAAUUUUCGGAGUGUUGAUACAAGAUAAAGUAGUAAAGAUUUAAUGGUUGGUAAUAUUUUAUUUGAUUUCUUUAAAGACUUAUUUGUCUGAGUGGAAUAAGUAGUGUACAAACAUUAUUAUAUUACUAUUACUGUUAUUUUUACUUUCAUUAUUAUUAUUAUUAUUAUUAUUAUUAUUAUUAUUAUUAUUAUUAUUAUUAUUAUUUCAUAGUGUUAUCGAUGUGUUUUGGAUUGCUUUUCAUGUAACGACAGAACUUUUAAAUACUCCUUGGAAGAAGUUCUGUGAAGGUACUAGUGUUUGAAUUUUAGAUAAUGACAUUUUGUUAAUAGGAGUCAUGUCAUUGUGUAACAGUGUUAGAUUUGUAUGCAGUUAUGAUUAUUACUUUUCUUUAUUACUUUUUUUUUUUUUUUUUUAGAUAUUUUCACUUUCAUGGGUGCCACAGUAUUUGCAUGGAAGGAUCAUUGUCACUACUUUUUUUUAAGUUGAUAGCAGGUCUCCAGUCUCUCAUUGUGUGGUUUCUUCACUGCGUGGUGAGCGUCGAUGCAUAGUCUGACAACCACAGAAAAUACCUUUGGGACGUGCAGUAGUUUUAGACAUUUUUAUGAAACUUGUGGAUGAGAAAUAGACUCUGUCUCUCUAAAUCCAUGUGUGUGAAAAGAGCACAUGGUAGAUGAGCCUAGCGACCUUGCCUCUCCAGUGCCAGCAGACUGAGCAGAGACUCAUAUGUCGUGUGACUUUCCCUGCUGAGGCCAUGGCCACUACAUGUCUCGUGGACAGUGAUGGUGUAGAUUUUCGGUGACAUUGAAGACGACGUCUAACAGUGUAAAUAUGCUGAAUUCAGUUAAGUUGAAAGUGUUAAGAGAAAUCUCCACUGUGGAUGGUAUUCUGAGAAAAGCAUGAGUAUUAAAACAGUUCAUAUAUAAGUUUGAGCAACACUGCAAUGUGAAAUGAGAAGUCUACUACUGAAACUGAACCAGUUUUCUUCCAUCUCUCAUGUGCUGGCAAGAGCAUUUUGUAUCAAGUCAUCAGUUAAGUAUGACUAGUUAAUCCUGUACUGUUAUUCUUCAUAAUAAACUUUAGUAUAA